AUGUCACUGACAGACACGCCUACCGCUGCAUACGAAUACCCCGUUCCUAUCAUCAAUCGAAGCCAAAAUGUUUCGGACUUUUCGCAGGGUGCCACUUACUUUUACGUCUAUACAAAAUACAUCGAUGAGUACAGUCGCGUUCUUCUUGAUGACUAUAUUCGUACUGGGGAAGCAGAAGCUGUAAUUCUCCAUGAUCGCUUCCAAAGAGCAGACGACAGAUGGCAAGCAGUAGAAUUGCAGUUAUUAAAGGUUCUGGUGAUGAGCGUACAUUAUGUGCAAAAGUUCUUUGAUGACUAUAUUCUACACCGCUUGGAUCCGAAGGAAGGAGUAGUGAGGCACUAUCGGGACGUGAAAUCUGGUAACUGGGGGAAAGUGUGGUUGAAAGGCGUUGAACGGAUGGGUAACUUCUCCAUGACUGACUAUCCAGAGCUCUACAGUGCGCCGUUACUGAAAAACGUUCAGGACCGUGUUAGAUUUGUGUAUGGUGGAAUUAGCCAAAAUACGACUAUAAAAUAA